AUGUGGUCCAUACCGACUAGCUGCGCACCAGUGCGUAGUCGCCUGUUCUCGACCUUUCGAGUGCUCCAGCAUGACAAUCCCCUUGGUCUCCCACGUUCAGGUACCCCUCCAAGCCUCAAGAGCCGUCGCGGACUCCCUCAGAAACGCAAAAUUCGGGAUGUAAAGAAAGUCAUUGCCGUAUCAUCGGCCAAGGGUGGUGUGGGCAAGUCAACGGUUGCAGUCAACCUAGCUCUCUCCUUCGCUCGCCGAGGAAUUCGAACAGGUCUUCUAGACACGGAUAUUUUCGGCCCAUCAGUCCCAACUCUCCUCAAUCUCUCCGGAGAACCACGACUCGACGAAAAUAAUUGCCUCAUCCCCCUAACAAACUACGGCCUCAAGUCAAUGUCAAUGGGUUACCUCCUCCCUCAAACCCAAACAGACACGCAGACCGGCGAAGUACCAAUGGACACAACGCCAAUUUCCUGGCGCGGCCUUAUGACCUUCCCCCCCGGAACCGGCGACGUCCAAUUAACAAUCAACCAAGAAGUGAUAAUCGACGGCUCAGUAAUCGUCACAACGCCUCAAGAUAUCGCGCUCCGCGACGCAGUCCGCGGCUUUGGCAUGUUCCAGCGAAUGGAUGUUCCCGUCUUGGGAAUGGUUCGAAAUAUGGCUUAUUUCGCUUGCCCGAAUUGCGGACAUCAGACGAAGAUUUUCUCACAUGGUGAUGGCGACGGUAACCACCACUCCUGUGAAGAUCGCGGUGUUGUGGCGGAGUGUAAGCGGCUUGGCGUGGAUUUCCUUGGCGAUAUCCCGCUUGAUGCCCGCGUUUGCGAGGAUGCGGAUCGUGGAAUGCCGACUGUUGUUGCUGAGGAGAGUGCGGAGCGAAGUGCCCGUCGCGAGGCUUUCCUUAGUGUUGCUGAACAAGUUGCCCGUAAGAUUGGUCUGGAGUGGCGUUAG